AUGAACAUUGAUUAGUCUACUUAUAGCUAAAACUAACUAAGAAAACAUUAGUCUGCUGAGAGAGUGAGAGGGAACUUGCAGAAGUUAAAUAGCGAUGUGGAUGAAAAGAGAAAAAAGCUGAAAUCAACACAAAUAACUAUAUCUAAGAUUAUGUUAGAAGAGGAUAAAAGAUAAAAAAAAUUAAAGGAAAAAUUGUAUUUUGUGCAAGAAAGGAGAGAGAUAGAGCAAUAAAUGAAAUCAAUUAAGUUAUAAGAGUAGCUAGAAAGUGCUGCUAAAAGAUUAGAAUAAAAAAGAAGUGAAAGACAACUAAAAAAAGAUGAUUCAUCAGUAAAGGAUAUCUUUAUUAAAAAGCGUGCUCAAGAAGAUCUUGACAAACUACUUAGAAAAUACGAGGCACAUAAUUUUAAGGCUGAAAAUAAAUAGAAUUAAGAUGAACACAUUGAAAAUAGCAUGAUGAAUUCAAAUAUGGAAAAUAUGUUUUUUAAUUUAACUGCUCCUACUGUUUAAACGAAUUCUAUGGCUGAAAAGGUGUUUUAGUAAAUGAAAUCUUAAAUUCCAUAAAAAAGACAAAUAAGGGAGAAGUAGAAAUAAUAACUAAACCCUUUUUACAAUAAAUAAAAUUGGGAUAGAUUCAUGGAGGCAGAAAGAAACGGUGAACAAAAUAUAAGAUUUCCAGGUAUCGGAAUAGAGAGAACUCCUCUUUACGAAAUGUAACAACAGGAAAUUGAAAAAAAGAAGAAAAAAGAAGAAGCUUUGUUAAAAUUAAAGAAAUACUACCUCAACCCAAGCAAGAAUAGCCAAAUUGAUUUUGAACAGAUAUAUAAAAGGGUUAAGUUAAUCACUUCUCAAUCAUUAGCAACUCUUAAGCUGAACCCUUCAGACACAUUGUUGGGACACAUGAUGGGUAGGAGCAUUCAUGAUGCUAGAAGAAUAUGGGGAAAGGAUUUUUUAAGGUCUAAAUCUUAAUACAACUUUAAUGAUAGGGCUCUUCACGAAAAUAAUCUGUCAUCGAUUAAAGAAGAUCAUACAGAUUAAAACUCAGAAAGGAUAAAAGAGAAGAUACACAGCUUUAGCAAAAUAAACUCUUCAAAUCCAAAUAGCUCUAUUUUGAGAUAAUAAUUAGAAGAAACAUAAUUACAAUCUGUUAUGAAUUAGUAAGCAGAAAAUUCUAUUUCCUUCCCAGCAGAUGAUUAAAAUGAGUCUAUGAACACAAAAAGAGAUAAAAUUUUCAAAGAGAAUAUUUUGUAGAGUGAUAUAAAAUUAUGA